AUGCUUAGAGAGCGUUACGCAUUCAGUCACGUGGAUGCUCUAUUUCACUCCGUAGCGCGCCUCCCUACCGUCCGUUCGCUCUCCUGCGCCUUCCCCCUUCGUCGCGCCUCCUCCUCUCACGUUCCCGGCGGUAGCGCGCUGUUUUCUUUGCUCGUAGCGCGCUCAGCCGCCCCCCCCCCUCCCCUCCGCCCCCCUUCCCGUCUCGUCGCGCGCCCAUUGCGCUGCCGUCGCCGCGCGCGCUUUGCUUCGUCGAGCAACGCGGGCGCUUGCCUCCCCUGCGGCGCACCCUGCCCCUUCCCAAUCCGCCCUCCCCUCCCUCGCCCUCCUCCUCCUUUCCACUCUCCUUUGUCCAUCCGUCCCUAUCUCACCUCUUCCUCCUCCUCCUUUCUCUCCUCAUCUGCUGCAACUCGUGCGUGCUUGUGGCGCGCUCUUCCCACAAACCCGCCCCUUCACCAUCCUCCUCCUCUCCUCUCUCCCUCUAACUCCCCUUCCGCUCGUUUUCCUCCACCUCUUUUUUCUCCCCAUCUGCUGCAGCUGGUGACUGAUUGUGUAUUGAAGUUGUUGCUCCUCCACACCUUUCCUCCUCCUCAGUACCCUCCCCUCAACUGCUCAACUGUGAACUCCUUCACAACUAUCCCUCCUCCUCUUAUUUCUCCCCUCAGCAGCACAGCAGCAGACUACCCCGCCACUAUCCCUCCUCCUCUAGUUUCUCCACUCAGCGGCGCAGCAGCAGACUACUUCGCCACUAUCCCUCCUCCUCUUGUUUCUCCCCUCAGUGGCGCAGCAGCAGACUUCUCCGCCACUAUCCCUCCUCCUCUAGUUUCUCCCCUCAGCGGCGCAGCAGCAGACUACUCCGCCACUAUCCCUCCUCCUCUAGUUUCUCCCCUCAGUGGCGCAGCAGCAGACUACUCCGCCACUAUCCCUCCUCCUCUAGUUUCUCCCCUCAGCGGCACAACAGCGGACUACUCCGCCACUAUCCCUCCUCCUCUAGUUUCUCCCCUCAGCGGCACAGCAGCGGACUACUCCGCCACUAUCCCUCCUCCUCUAGUUUCUCCCCUCAGCGGCACAGCAGCGGACUCCUUCGCCCUUAUUCCUCCGCCUCUUAUACCUCUCCCCUCAUCUGCUCUGCAGCUCGCAGUCAACUUCCCCAGUUGGCUGAACUGUCUCGAGCGCUCGGUGUCUGGCACCCUCGUGAGUGGCUUUAACCUCUGGUUUGUCACUCAGCAGAGUGGUUCUUGUGCCAUUCCUAAACCUGCCUCUUCACCUACCUCUACCUCCUCUGACCCCUAUGCUGAUGGCCUUCGUGCUGCUAUCGCUGAAACUGAGCGGAUUGCGGCCACGGCCCAAGCCACUGCUGCUGCUGCUCCUGACAAUGCUGCAGCCCGUGACCUUGCUCGUGUCCUUGCUGAGUCCCUCGAGAGCACCCGCAAGCGCCUCACUGAGCACCUCGCUGUCCCCUCUCCUCGUUCUGCCUCUACUCCCUCUGCUUCUGCUCCAUCUCACUUUGACCUUCUCGCUGACUGGCAUGUUGCCAACACACGUGCCUGCCAGGUCAUCCUUGCCUGCCUACCUCCAACCCUUCUCCCUCAGUGCUCGCACAUCCGCUAUGCCAAGGACCUUCUCGGCUAUCUUACCGAGCGCUUCCAGUCGCAGACUCCCAUCAGUGUCAUUGCCCUCUUACGCGAGCUUACCUCUCUUUGCCUUGCUGACUUCACCACCAUGGCGGACUACAUCGCUCGUGUGCAGACGCUGUCCUCCCAACUUGCCUCUCAAAAGUUUGAACUUUCCGAUCAUGUGUGCGGUGCCCUCCUCACAGGCCUCACUCCUGAAUAA